AUGGUCGCCAUGUACAUUCAGCUGUUGAGCGUUGCUUUGCUCAUGACGGGAACGCGGGCGGCCAUUUCGGCGCCUCAUGUUGUGGCUCCUCCUUCUCGACCGGCUAGACGCAGCUGUGCUCCUCACACCAAGCUGCUACCUCGCAAUGCCGAGUACCGCACGCACUGCGAUGGCGAUACUCCCACUGGCGGCGACCUCAAAUGGCCUUGCUUCACCUUCUGGAGCGACUACCUGGGCGACGUUGUGGCUUCCACCGACGACCCCAAGGCCGACCCGGACAAGGACAUUUUCCUCGUCAAGAACGGCUUCCUCGAAGAUUUCACCAUUCGCGAUCCGACCAAGCCGUUUAGCCUGACGUGGGACGGGCAGGCCACGCUCUCCUACAAGGGCUACAAGAAGGAAUCGGGCUGCUACACCAUCCAGCUCUCGAGACAGAAGGACACCAAUCUGAGGAUCUGGGUCUCGGAUGAAGACAACAAGGAGCGCAAGGUCGACACGCUCCACCACGAAAAUCCCGACCCCGUCGAGAUUUGCACAAAGUGGGCUCACUUCCAUGUCAAGUACGACGGCCUCGAGUGGUAG